UUAAUUUUUAAACGGAAAUUGACAAAUGACAAUGUUAUUGCUGAUUGAUUAUUACCACGGGAUAGACUAUCUUUAAUCGUGAUUAUUACUUAUUACUUUAUUAUUAUAGUUAUUAUGGUUAUUUCUUAUUUGUUUCAUCAAAAACUCGGCCGUCACGUUACAUAAAUUUGUUAGAAAUCUUUGAAAAGUUGAGUUGACUCUGAAUUCACUGCUCAUAGWAAUCUUUCUUUAGAAUUUUUGUUUCAGAAAAUUAUCAAAACAUUGCUCAAUUAUGAAUGAGUACUCUAUGUAUAUUCAACAUGAUUGGGAUGAAUGCAUCAGAUCUGUUGAAAAUCGUGUUUGGAUAUCUGUCAAGCCGAGAAAUGGUCCUAGUGUACAUGGUCAUUUACAAUGCACAUCACACAAGCUUAAUGGAAUACCCAUUAUACAGGGGACAAAUGGGUUUGAAGUUGAAUCUGUAUCAUCACAUGCCAUUCAAGCAAAGCAUUUGUCCUGUCCAUCAGUUACAUUAUUAUCACCAUACAGAGUUUUCAAAGAUGUUCAUAAUGCUAGUGUGACAUCAUUGGAUGUGGUCGGUGGCCUGUGUGUGUCUGCCUCAGAUAGUGUUUUGAAGUCUUGGAGUAGCAUAGAUCAUGAAAAAGAAAAAGAAGUUACAAUGACAGGACAUUAUGGUGAUAUUUAUUGUUGUCGUUGGUUUCCUAGUGUAAARGUUAUAUUAAGUUGUGGGGCUGAUUUACGGAUCAAAAUUUGGAGUGCUGAAACUGGAGAAUGUGCUAAAACACUUCUAGGGCAUACAAAAGCUGUUACUGAUCUAGAUAUUAUAGACAGAGGAAAAAAUAUAAUAUCAGUUUCAAAAGAUGGAACAUCAAAAUUAUGGCAUGUUGGGAGUGGAAAAGUUAUAGACGAUCUCAUUAACCUAAAUAACACAACGCAUAUAAAUUGUUGUUCAAUAAGUUCAACAAAAAGUUUAAAUCUGGGAGAACGAAAUAUACCUGCUUCUGACAUAGAAAUCGGCACAGAUGAUAAAUGUUUACUAAUUGGCUGUGAAAAUGGAAUGAUAUCAUUGAUUGGAGUGUAUGCACGCAAGAUAAUUGCUUCAAACAACUUAGACUGUCCAGUAAAUGUUUGUCAUUUGAAUGAAGAUGCACAAACUUAUGUUGGUUGUAAUGACGGACGUGUUAUUUGGCUUGAUGAACAACUAGUGAUUAAAUAUUGCAUAUUUGACACCAAUUCACCAGUCCAUUGUCUCUGCUUGUUUAAAGAAUUUGUAGUUUGCGGACAUGGUGAUGGUUCCUGUGUAAUACGGUCUGUUAAUGGCAAAAAAGCAUACUUGACUGGUGCUAAUGCUGGUCCAAUCUACGAUGUCAGUACAGAUACAAGGUUUCUCUACACUGCAUGCAGAGAUGGAAUUAUCAGGAAAUAUUUGCCUGAACUUUUGUAAAACAGAAAUAAAAUUUUCAAUAAAACUUAACUAUAGAUUUAUUUUAA